UGGAUUAGUAUGUAAAAUGUUGUUGCAGACGACGCAUUCACGAAAACACAGGACCGAUUUGAAAAGAAAAACAACAUGAAAAGGAGGGGAAAUAUCAAUUAAAAUCCAUUCCUUUACAAAAAUCUCCUGUUCACUCGACAUUCCUAAUAUCUAGAGCCUACAGAAACAGAAUGGAAUAGUUUAGAAAGCCUGUGUAGUGACUACAUGAUAAUAUUUCCAAGCAAUGUCACACGUAACCCCGGCUUUUGGCUGUUAAAUGAUGAUGCAAUCUUUCUCAGAACGGAAAAAAAGAUUAUGCACGGGUGAAAACCCAAUUUGUCUAAACGUUUUACUGUCUCGGUGAUACAAUAUCGACGAUUAAGUUCAAGCACGCAAGCACUCUCGAACGGAAGCAGGAUGGAAGUAUGGCAGAAGACAUGCCUUUUACUGUGCCUGUAUGGUUUCCUGAAGGAGCUGCGUCCUUCAGAACCUUUCCUAACGGAAUACCUGAAGGGACCCCAACACAACCUCACAGAAGAUCAGAUAUACAUACAAGUAUACCCAGUAUGGACGUAUUCUUACCUCUCUCUGCUCGUGGUUGUGUUCCUUCUGACGGACCUUCUGCGGUACAAACCGAUGAUUGUAUUUGAGGGCAUUGGUUACAUAGCCACAUGGGGCCUUCUGCUGUGGGCAGGUGGUGUUCACUGGAUGCAGCUUAUGGAGUUUUGUUAUGGUAUAGCUACAUCUACUGAAGUGGCUUACUUUACGUACAUUUAUGCUCAAGUUUCUGGGGUAUAUUAUCAGCGUGUGACGAGUUUCACGCGAGCAGCUCUUCUUACUGGAAGGUUUAUGUCGGGGUUAUUAUCUCAGGUACUUACGUCAACAGGUCUAAUGGAUUACCAUACGCUGAAUUAUUUCUCAUUUGCAAGCGUGUCGUUGGCCUUCAUUGUUGCUUGUUUUCUGCCGUCUGUAAAAACUAGCAUUUACUUCCAUCGAAGAGAUUAUCUUCCCAGUAGUGAUGACUCUGCACAUCUUCACAAUGAUGAUGAAGAUGGACAUAUAACCACAAAAUUGAGAAAGGUAGCGAGCUUGAUUUGGCAAGAUUUUAAGAGUGCCUACAGUAACAAAUACCUCCUGAAGUGGUCCAUCUGGUGGGCAUUUGCAACCUGUGGGAAUUUCCAAGUAGGGAACUACAUCCAGCCCCUGUGGGAAGAGAUUGCACCCAUGGAAGAAACUGAGAACUUGUACAAUGGGGCAGUGGAAGCUACGCAGACGUUAUUAAGUGCUCUUUCUGCCUUCAGUGUGGGAUACUUCCACCUCAACUGGUCCCUGUUUGGUGAAGGGACUUUAGCCCUAAUAUCUCUCAUUGAUGGCAUUGUGCUCCUCUUCAUGGGUCUGACUUCAUGGAUCUGGGUGGCGUACAUCAAUUAUAUUCUCUUCAGAGUCUCCUACCAAGUACUUAUAACUAUUGCAAGUUACCAAGUUGCAAAAGAGCUCAGAGCUGACAGCUAUGGCCUUAUAUUCGGAAUCAACAUGUUUGUUGCGCUCUUCCUUCAGUCCGUCCUAACACUUGUUGUGGUUCAAGUGCUCGAAAUUGGAGUGAAGUUACAGUUUAUCAUCUAUGGGUCUUACUUUAUGGUCCUUGCCUUCUUCUUCUUCAUUCUUUCGGCAUACACCUGCGGCAGACUAGGCAUAUCAGGCAUGCGGGAGCUGGGAGUGUGGGAGAAGAAACCACAGGAGGAAAAUCAAGAACCCCCUGUUGGAACCACAGAAGCUGUUUAGAAGAAAAUAAAGCAAAGAAAGAAAGAUGAAGAAUAAAACUGAUGCACAAAUUUUAUGUCUGAGAUGCUUCAUUUUUUUGUUAUUAAUUUUUAAUUUUGUUCGAAAGUUGAUAGUAUGACAAGAAAUUUAUUAUGUUAUAAAUUGGUAGAAAACAUUUUAUGCAAGGCAUGUUUAUUGAAAGAUGAGGCAUUUUCAAAAUCCUCCUGGUUUUCACUUUCAGGUCUGAAGAGAUAGAGGAGAGGAGAGAAAAUGAGGGUAGGGGAAAAUACAAAUAGCAAAGGUGAGUUUGCGGUUGAGAGGGUGAAGAGGGCAAUGUAGACAUGUGUAGACAUAUGUGUAAGGUAGAUUGAGGCUUAGGAGAUAAGUUGUCUCUAUGAGGAGUGUUGUGGUUGAGGAUAGCCUAGCUUGCUGAAGGAUUGCUGCAGGGGAUCAUAGAUGCAGAGAAGGAAUAAGGAAGUAAUGACUUCAAUCAGAGCAUGAAGGGGGUGGUAGGGAAAGAGGUGUAUGUACGACUUUGUAUCCCUGUAUAUUGGAUUCUGGACAUUGAGAUGGAGAAGUGGUCAGUAGAGUGAUAAAUCAAGGUGUCCAAAGGGAGUUUGUUGUUGACCUCUCAUUCCACUUUGAAGUGGAUAGAGGAAGAGAGGAAGUUCAGUUUCUUCAGGAAAUUCAGGAAGAGGAAGGAUUAUAAGACUACAGGGUAAAGAUGUCAUCAGUGUACCUCAGCCUGAUUGGAAGAUAAAGGGAAAUGGAAGGAAGAAGCCUAAUUUGAAGUGCUUGAUAAACAAGAUGGGCAAGACCAGAGAAUGAGGAGAAGCCACUGCAACACUGGAGUUGUGGGAAUAGGAACAUCUUUGUAAGGAAACAGAGCUAGAUUGCCCACAGGCAGAUAAGGUGGAGGAUGUUAGUGAGUAGAAGUAGACUGCAUUUCUUAUGGAACAGUUUCCUGUGACAGAAAGCAAAAAAUCAUGUCAGAGGAAAGCAAAGACAUCAUCAAGUGGAAUGUUGAUGAAUAGGGAUACAACCAAACUCAUAGUUGCGAGGAAGAACCUGCAAAGACAAGUAGGGAAAUCCUAAAAAAUGAUAAAGGUUAGAGAAGGUAUCCAGAAAAAUGAGAUUAACCCAGUCAGGAAACUAGGGAGAUGAUAAUCUAUAAAGGUAUGCCUGACUUCUAGGGCUUUGGUGUACAGACCCGACCUGACCUGCCUCUGUUUCUGUUUACCUGUUCCCACCUGUAUUCUGUUGCUUCUAUACCCACAUAUUUUUUUCCUCUCCUCAACUGCUUCAGACUGAAGGUACAGUCAAGGAGGAUUUUGAAACUACUGUAUCACCAUUCAAUAAACCUUGUUUUCUAAUAUUUUCUUUAAUGAAAAGUUGAUAAUUUUA